AUGUUUUAUUUCCACUGCCCACCACAGCUCGAGGGCACGGCACCCUUUGGCAACCACUCCACAGGGGAUUUUGACGAUGGUUUUCUGCGAAGAAAACAGCGCCGGAACCGGACAACAUUCACUCUUCAGCAGCUGGAAGCUCUUGAGGCCGUUUUUGCCCAAACACACUACCCAGAUGUCUUCACCAGAGAAGAGCUAGCCAUGAAAAUAAACCUCACAGAAGCCAGAGUGCAGGUUUGGUUCCAGAACCGGAGGGCCAAGUGGAGGAAAACAGAGAGAGGAGCCUCAGACCAGGAGCCAGGAGCCAAGGAGCCCAUGGCUGAGGUGACACCCCCGCCGGUGAGGAACAUCAAUUCCCCGCCCCCUGGGGACCAGGCCCGGAGCAAGAAGGAGGCGCUGGAGGCCCCGCAGAGUCUGGGACGAACAGUGGGUCCCACGGGACCUUUCUUCCCUUCCUGCUUGCCAGGGACCCUCCUGAACACGGCCACAUAUGCCCAGGCCUUGUCGCACGUGGCCUCCUUGAAAGGGGGCCCGUUGUGUUCUUGCUGCGUCCCAGACCCCAUGGGACUCUCCUUCCUUCCCACCUACGGCUGCCAGAGUAACCGCACGGCCAGUGUGGCCGCCCUGCGCAUGAAGGCCCGCGAGCACUCCGAAGCUGUCCUGCAGUCAGCCAACCUCCUGCCAUCCUCCGGCAGCAGCCCCAGCCCCGCCACCAAGCCAGCGCCCCCUGAUGGCAGCCAGGACAAGACCCCACCCCCCAAGGAACACAGCGAGGGGGAGAAGAGUGUAUGA